UAUUUUUGUAGCUUUUCUAACCUUUAACCUGUCUAUACCAAAGAACGCGAGAAUCAGUUUGAAGUGAGAACCGGAUCCGAAUCAAAUCGAAUCGAAUCGAAUCGUCACCCAAGGAAUCGGAAUUGGAUUGAUCCGUUCCAAAGAUCCACACAAGAUGACCAAAACUGACAACAAGCGACGCUACUGGAGCUCGUUUGCCCUCAAACGCCGACAUUAGCCGACGGGUCGGCCAUCUUGUUUGACACUGCUAGCGCGGCUAAAAUGAGUGGACAGGAAAGAAAAAAAAGUCCAAACCAGUCGUUUGAUUGACGGCCACGACACAAACGUGGCCGUUGACGAGGAGUCCACCUGUCACAAACGUGGCCACCACCGCUAGCACGCGUUAGCUUGCCUUGGUUAGCGCACGGUCGGCGAACAUGCUAACAAAGUACGAAUACAAACGUCUUCUUGUACUCCGCCUCUUGUUGGGUUAAAUGUAGUUCCCUCUAAAGCCAGCAGGAGGAAAAACAAAACCAUCUCAUCACUUAUUCACUUUCUUCUUUUUUAGCAAAGGCGGCCAUUUUGUAUUUUUUUUUAGCAACUCCUCGCUCUGUUUGCUGUUGAAAACAAACACAAGUGAAAAACAGGCAUGUUGUUGACUUUUGUUAAAAAUCUUUAUGAACUGUUUAUGUUUUAUGAGUUCAAAUAUUGUUGUUAAGCUUUUUCUGCCAUUUUGUGUUGAGUUUACUAACAACAAAAAACAAAACAGUCUUUUAUUUGGCGCUGAACUGAGUUUGUAGUGGCGCCAUGUAGCUGUGACAGACACUGAAGAAGAUGUCGGCACUUAAAAAGGUGGACCCCGGCUAGCUCGCCGCGUCCUCCGCUUGCUACCAAAGUUGAACACGAUGUGAAUGUAGCAGCGCUUUUUGGAGUCUACGUGAAACACUUCAACACCAAACCCCAGAGCUCAGAACCACUAUCUGUAGACACUUUUUAGUCUUGCUAACCAACCUAGCGUCUUCUUCUGCCUUAGGUUGUUUAUACAUGCUACAUGCUAGCACUAGCUUGUGUUUGUACAUGCUACAUGCUAGCACUAGCUUGUGUUUAUUCAUUCUACAUGCUAGGACUAGCUUGUGUUUGUACAUGCUACAUGCUAGCACUAGCUUGUGUUUAUUCAUUCUACAUGCUAGCACUAGCUUGUGUUUGUGCAUGCUACAUGUUAACACUAGCUUGUGUUUGUACAUGCUACCUGCUAGCACUACCUUUUGUUUGUACAUGCUACAUGUUAACACUAGCUUGUGUUUGUACAUGCUACGUGUUAACACUAGCUUGUGUUUGUACAUGCUACAUGCUAGCACUAGCUUGUGUUUGUACAUGCCACAUGCUAGCACUAGCUUGUGUUUGUGCAUGCUACAUGCUAGCACUAGCUUGUGUUUGUACAUGCUACAUGCUAGCACUAGCUUGUAUUUGUACAUUCUACAUGCUAGCACUAGCUUGUGUUUCUACGUGCUACAUGCUAGCACUAGCUUCUAUUUGUACAUUCUACAUGCUAGCACUAGCUUGUGUUUGUACAUGCUAACACCAACUUCUGUUUGUACAUGCUACAUGUCAGUACUAACUGGUGUUUGUACAUGCUACAGUACAUGCUAGCACUAGCUUGUGGUUGUACAUGCUACAUGCUAGCACUAGCUUGUGUUUAGUCAAUCUACAUGCUAGCACGAGCAUGUGUUUGUAAAUGCUACAUGCUAGCAGUAACUUGUGUUUGCAAAUGCUACAUGCUAGCACAAGCGUGUGUUUGUAAAUGCUACAUGCUAGCACAAGCUUGUGUUUGUAAAUGCUACAUACCAGCAGUAGCUUGUGUUUGUAAAUGCUACAUGCUAGCACGAGCGUGUGUUUGGAAAUGCUACAUGCUAGCGCCAGCGUAUGUUUGUAAAUGCUACAUACCAGCAGUAGCUUGUGUUUGUAAAUGCUACCUGGUAGCACUAGUUUGUGUUUCUACAUGCUAGCACUGGCAUGUGUUUGUACAUGCUAAAUUCUAGCACUAGCUUGUGGUUGUUCAUGCUCGAUGCUAUCACUAGCUUGUGUUUAUUCAUUGUACAUGCUAGCUCGAGCAUGUGUUUGUAAAUGCUACAUGCCAGCAGUAGCUUAUGUUUGUAAAUGCUACAUGCUAGCACUAGCUUGUGUUUGUAAAUGCUACACACUAGCACUAGCUUGUGUUUGUAAAUGCUACAUGCUAGCACUAGCUUGUGUUUGUAAAUGCUACACGCUAGCACUAGCCUGUGUUUGUAAAUGCUACAUGCUAGCACUAGCUUGUGUUUGUAAAUGCUACACGCUUGCACUAGCCUGUGUUUGUAAAUGCUACACGCUAGCACUAGCUUGUGUUUGUAAAUGCUACAUGCUAGCACUAGCUUGUGUUUGCAAAUGCUACAUGCUAGCUUGCGUUUAUUUUGAUAAUGUGCACAACUUUCACUCAAAAAGCUAAGUCAAAAAUGUAGCACUUUUUGUUUUUCCACAGAUUUUCAUCUCAUGGCAACUGCAAAAAAGUACUGUUUUUGUGUUUUAAAUCCACCUUUGUGUGAUGAUUGUAGAGAACGGUGCGACGAGGACGAUGCAGCACACGAAUGUAAACGCACUGCAAAUAAAACUUGGUUCCUUCACGGUUUGUUCCUUUCUGUCUGCAUCGUCACGGAGUGGCUGCGAGGUGUGUUUCAUGAGGGCAGGUGGGAGAAAAGAGGAAGGCAUGAGAAAGGUCCGACACAGUUAGCAAGUGGUUUCCUGUCACACGCCCGGGCGACGCGCUGAGGACGACAGCAGCAGAAAGAAUGAAGAGGUUCCUGACCUUCGCCAUCAUCAUCAUCAUCGAGGUCACGGUGGCCAUCGAUGGCGAGGUGUCAGCCGUUGUGCCGCCUAGCGCCCCGCCCCUAAUCCCAGACCACCCCUUCGUGGCCAUGUGGAACGCCCCCUUGGAGCGCUGCCAGCAGCUGGGCGUCCCGUUGGACACGGCGGCGUUCCAGGCGGUGACCACGACAGCCCCCGUUCCCGGGCAGUUCCUGACCAUCUUCUACGAGGACCGCCUGGGCUUCUACCCCAAGGUGGACCCCGGCAGGCGCCAGGGGGGAGGUGUGCCCCAGAACGGCAACCUGACCGCCCACCUGCAGAGGGCCCGGGGUCAGAUGGAGCGCCUGAUCCCUGACGACCAGUCCCCCGGCCUCGCCGUCAUCGACUGGGAGUCCUGGCGGCCACUGUGGGCCCAGAACUGGGGGUCCAAGCGGGUGUACCAGAAGCUGUCCAUCGCCGCCGCCCUGCAGAUGUCCCCCUUCCUGUCCAUGAAGAAGGUCUCCCAGCUGGCCGCGGAUCAGUUCCAGCGGGCGGGGCGGCGCUUCAUGGAGCGCACCAUCGCCUUGGGUGAGGCCGAGCGUCCCAGUCGCAGUUGGGGGUUCUACUCCUUCCCCUACUGCCACAACUACGGCUGGGACCGGCCCGGCUACACGGGAGUCUGCUCCGCCAAGGCCCGCCAGCAGAACCAGCAACUGAUGUGGUUGUGGGAGCGCAGCACCGCCCUCUUCCCGUCCAUCUACCUCCACCCAGACCUCAGGAACUCCCCCCGGGCCGCGCUGUACACCCGCCACCGGGUGCGGGAGGCGCUGCGGGUGGCGGCGUUGCCCGAGCGCCCGUACGCUGCGCCCACCUACGUCUACUCCAGGCCGCUGUAUCGAGGCCAGACCGCCGCCUUCGAGAGCCAGGUGGACCUGGUGAGCACGGUGGGAGAGUCGGCCGCUCUGGGGGCCGCCGGGGUGGUCAUGUGGGGCGGGAACAGAGACUACGACAGCAAGUCGUCCUGUCAGUCGCUGUCCGACUACCUGACGUCCACGCUCAACCCGUACCUCGCCAACGUGACGGCGGCCGCCAUGCUGUGCGGCCGGGCCCUGUGCCAGGGGCGGGGCCGCUGCGUCAGGAAGAGCUUCGACUCCUCCCACUACCUGCACCUGGACUCCGCCCACUUCCGCAUCCUGCGCUCCGGCCUGAAGUACGUGGCGGUGGGUCUCCCCUCCGCCCGCGACCUCCACGGCUGGGCCCAGAACUUCACCUGUCAGUGCUUCGCCGGACGCCCGUGCUCGCCGCGCCUGGCCCCGCCCCCGGGCAUCCAGGUCAUCCAGGUGUGAGCGGCGCCGACCCCCCCCCCCCCCCCCGCCUGCCGGGAGGAGGAAUGACACCAUCAACGUCUCUGCUGCUUAGUAAAAAUUCUCACAAUCGUCGUUCAGAUUUGAACAUUAAAACAAGCUUAAGAUGCCUUUCAAA